AGAAGGGGCCGUCGGCGUUCGCUACUAGCUGCGACCAGAGCCGGGGCCCUGCCGUGCGCCGCCGUCGCCGCAGCUCCCGGUGUCGUGGCAGUCGCGGAGAACCGCUGGACUGUCGGGGAAGGCAGCGCGCGAAUACCGGCGGGGACGAAGGCAGGCGCGGCGCAAGGAGAGAAGCAGUCGGGCACGUAGUCCUCCGAUCGCCGAUAUGUCCAAGACGGUCACCUUUGUCGAGGAGGAGGAUCCCACCCCUCCGGCAAAAAGGCGAAGGACCGACGACAGUUCCGGCAACGAGGCGUCAGACAAAGCGAAUGGACAACAGGCCCCUGCUAACUCGUCAGCACAGAACCCGCCAGAGAUUGACGAGAGCCUCUACUCUAGACAACUCUACGUGCUUGGGCGCGACGCCAUGUUACGCAUGGCACAAUCGGACGUGCUGAUAUGCGGAAUCGGGGGACUGGGUGUGGAGAUCGCCAAGAACGUCAUUCUGGGGGGCGUCAAGUCGGUCACCAUUCACGACGAGGCUGUCUGCACACGACACGAUCUUUCAUCGCAGUACUACCUAAGCGAGGACAACCUGGGCAGGAACAGAGCCUCCGCUUCCGAGGCAUCGCUAGCGCGACUUAACCAAUACGUGCGUGUGGAGAGCCACACGGAGCCUCUGACCAAGGAUUUCGUGAAGCAGUUCAGCGUGGUGGUACUGACAGAGACUUCGCUGGAAAGGCAAGCGCUCAUUGCGACCUUCGCCCACGAGAACAACAUUUCCCUAAUUGUGGCCGAUACACGGGGCCUUGCUGGGCAGAUAUUUUGCGACUUCGGAGAGAAUUUCCGAGUGCUGGACACGAACGGAGAGCAGCCGCUAUCUAUAUUGAUCGGGUCCAUCACCAAGGACGAGGAGGGCGUGGUGACCUGCCUGGACAAAAUGCGGCACGGCUUCGCAGAUGGAGACUACGUCACCUUUUCCGAAGUCAAGGGCAUGACCGAGAUCAACAACUGCCCACCGAUGAAAGUCAAGGUGCUCGGUCCCGACACAUUCUCCGUCGGCGACACAACGCAGUACGGUCAAUACACCCUAGGCGGCGUCGCAACCCAAGUAAAAAUGCCAAAGGAGAUCAAGUUCAAAUCCUUCAAAGAGUCCAUGGCUGAGCCGGAAUUCGUCAUGUCGGACUUCGCCAAGGUGAACCGUGCUCCACAGCUUCACCUGGGUUUCCAGGCUCUUCAUGCAUUUCACCAGUCGCACUUACGUCUUCCUCGGCCUUGGAACAAAGACGAUGCAGCGGAGGUUGUCCAAUUAGCCAAGGCAAAGAACGCUGCUAUGGCCAGACCACUGGAAAGCGUAGACGAGAAGCUGAUCACGACACUGGCAUGCGUAUCGGCGGGCUCCCUGUGUCCGAUGCAGGCAGUGAUCGGAAGCAUCGCUGCCCAGGAAGUGAUGAAGGCAUGCAGUGGAAAGUUCGGGCCGAUCCAGCAAUGGUUCUAUUUCGACGCUUUCGAGUGCCUUCCAACGGGCGGAGACGUUUCGGAAGCGGCUGCCAACGCAAUGGAGCACACCCGUUACGCUGCGCAGGCCCGGGUUUUCGGAGCCGAUGUGCAGGACAAGUUUAUGGCUCAGAACUACUUUGUGGUUGGCGCUGGGGCCAUCGGCUGCGAACUUCUCAAGAACUUCGCCAUGAUGGGCAUUGGGGCGAGCGACGGCCUCAUUCAUGUGACAGACAUGGACGUCAUCGAGCGGUCAAAUCUCAACAGGCAGUUCCUGUUUCGACCCGAAGACGUCGGCUCCAUGAAGUCGGCCACGGCCGCGAAAGCUGUCGUUGAAAUGAACCCCGAGGUGAACAUCGCAGUCCACGAGGACCGAGUGGGAAUAGACACGGAGAACGUAUACAACGACGACUUCUUCGAUUCUUUGGACGGCGUGGCCAAUGCAUUGGACAACGUGGACGCGCGCCAGUACAUGGACAGGCGCUGCGUGUACUACCGCAAGCCGCUGCUCGAGUCCGGCACUAUGGGCACCAAGGGAAAUGUCCAGGUGGUGAAGCCGCACUUGACCGAGUCCUACUCGUCCUCUCAGGACCCGCCAGAAAAGGCGAUACCCGUCUGCACCAUCAAGCAUUUUCCCAACAACAUCGAGCACACCCUGCAGUGGGCACGAGAUGAAUUCGAGGGUCUGUUCAAGCAGUGUGCCGCAAAUGCUGUCCAGUACUUAAGUGACCCUGAUUUUCGGUCGAAGGCCCUAGACACGCUGCAACUGAGUCAGAAAGUCGUGCUGAUGGAAGAAAUUAAGAAGAUUCUGGUCGACGACAGAGCGAUUGUUUUCGAUGACUGCGUCGCCUUCGCCAGGGUGCGGUUCCAGGAGCAGUACAACAACGAGAUACGAGAGCUGCUCCGCAGAUUUCCCGAGAACCACACCACAACCUCUGGUUCUCCCUACUGGUCUGGCCACAAACGAUGUCCUCAUCCCAUCGAAUUUGACCCCGACAACACGCUGCACAUGGACUACAUCGUGGCUGCAGCGAACCUACGGGCAGCAAUGUUUGGCAUUCCGCCCAACACGGAUCGUCAGGCGAUCGCCGCAAUGCUCGAGGAAGUUCAAGUUCCAGCAUUUCAUCCACAACCAAACGCACACUUUGCCGUCAACGUCAACGAUCCAAACGCACAGCCUGCAGUGCUGCAGGUCAUCGCAAUACCGAACGACGAGGAGCGCUUGGCGCAACUGCUGGACGAGCUGCCUGUUCAGGAGCAACUCAGGGAUGUGACACUGACGACUCUGGAGUUCGAAAAGGACGACGACACUAACUUCCACAUGGACUUCAUCGUCGCGGCGUCAAACCUGCGUGCCGCCAACUACGACAUCGAGCCGGCCGACCGGCUCAAGAGCAAGCUCAUCGCGGGCAAGAUCAUCCCGGCCAUCGCCACCACCACUUCGCUCGUGGCGGGUCUCGCCUGCCUCGAGCUCUACAAGCUGGCUCAGGAUCACAACGAGUUGGCGCUGUACAAGAACGGCUUCGUCAACCUGGCGUUGCCUUUCUUCGGCUUUUCGGAACCCAUCGCUCCCGUGAAAAAAAAGUUUCGUGACCUUGAGUUUUCCCUGUGGACAAGCCUUGACAUUCAAGGCGAGCUCACCCUUCAGAACUUCCUCGAGCAUUUCAAGAAUGAGUUCGAAGUCGAAAUCGUCAUACUGUCUGAGGGAUCCCGCUUGUUGUACGCCAACUUCAUGGCCCCACCGCCGAAACGUCUUAGGAUGACCAUGAGCGAAGUGGUGCAGGACGUGUCGAAGGAAAAGAUCGACCCGGGCAAGCGCGCCCUGAUGUUUCAGCUCAUGUGCAACGAUUUGGACGGAAAAGAAGUAGAGCUGCCCCAAGUACGCUACUUGCUGCCCAAGCAAGACCAAGAGGCUGCAGACCCUCCAGUCUGAACGGCGCAGAAGCCACUGGCGAAGCCAUUUCCACCACGCCACUUCACAGCCCGCAUCGAUGACUUCGUGAAAGUCAAAGCCAGCAACAAGCCCCUUCCAUCUCAUCGAUGUCCGCGUCACCUGUAAUUGGAAGUUCUCCACUAAGGCCCCCGCCCCUUCGUGUUCAAAUUGAUACAAAUCACAUCAGUGAAACCCAAGCAUGUGGUUCGCUUUGUUGAGUGUCUGCUUCUAUCAGCGCGUGCAUACGUAUUCACAUUUUUUAUUUGCUGCUCUUACUGACGCUGAUAAAGCGUGAGCCGAAAGCCCCCAAAACAGCGCUUACAGAAAUUGUCAGCUUGCGCAUACACAAUACCACCCCGCGAAUC